UCGAUGACAGUAGUGACAGCUGUUCACGCUGCAUCGUUUCCUUUUUCGUGUGUGUGCUCGAAAUUCCGGGCGGUACUUCCUUUUCUGAGGAAGAAAUAACUAAAAAGCUCUAGCACAAGAAAGACCACGAUGAAAAUAACCUGUAACAAGGCUAACCCGCCUUUGGGUGGUUUCCUAGCUAUAGAACUCUACAGGUCCUUGUCGAAGAGCAUAGAUGUGGCUUGGGGAAGUGAAUCUACCGUGACGCUCCCAAACAGUAAAAAACCGGUGACAUAUGGAACCAGCAAUGAUUUGAUAAGGUUGCUUGAGAAUGCAUUCAACAAGUCAGCCGGUCCCCUGCAGAAGGUGACAAUGAACCACUGGCUCUCCUUCAGCCUGAUCUUGGAGGAUGAAAUGCCCAAAUCGGUGGAAUAUCUGGACAAAACCCUCAGUCCGCUCACCUACCUGGUUGGAGAAUCACUGUCUGUGUCUGAUCUUGCUGUCUUCAGUGUACUCCAUGUAUCCAACAAGUUCAAGGACAUCUCCAAGGCCACCCCACCCAAGAAUAUCCUCCGCUGGAUGAAGCUGAUCCAGGCGCGGCCGCCCGUCGUAAAGGCUCUCAAGGAGCUGCCCGAGGAUGUGCAGCAGAACAUCAGCAAGGCCUCGUCAAGGAGGUCCCCAGCGGCGGGCGAGGCGGGCGCUGGACGGCUGCAGGAGGGCAAGUUCAUCGACCUGCCUCACGCCGAGAUGGGCAAGGUCAUCGUGAGGUUCCCGCCUGAGGCUUCUGGAUACCUGCACAUCGGUCACGCGAAGGCAGCGCUGCUGAACCAGUACUACCAGCAGGCCUUCCAGGGGAAGCUCAUCAUGAGGUUCGACGACACCAACCCCGCCAAGGAAAACGCCGAGUUUGAGAAGGUGAUACUUGGCGACGUGGAAAUGCUUGAAAUCAAGCCGGACCUCUUCACGCACACGUCGCAGUACUUCGACCUGAUGCUGCAGUACUGCGAGCAGCUGAUCAAGGAAGGGAAGGCGUUUGUGGACGACACGCCCGCUGAACAGAUGAAAGCUGAGAGGGACAGCAAGACGGAGAGCCGGAAUAGGAAUAACUCCGUAGCCAAGAACCUGCAGCUCUGGGAAGAGAUGAAGAAGGCGUCAGACAGCGGAGUGCGAUGCUGCGUGCGAGCCAAGAUCGACAUGGCGUCGGCCAACGGGUGCAUGCGAGACCCUACGAUCUAUAGGUGCAAGCCUGAGGUGCACCCGAGGACUGGCAGCCAGUAUAAGGUGUACCCAACGUACGACUUCGCCUGCCCGAUCGUGGACUCCAUCGAGGGCGUGACGCACGUGCUGAGGACCAUGGAGUACCACGACCGGGACCCGCAGUUCUACUGGUUCAUUGACGCACUGGGGCUGAGGAAGCCUUAUAUUUGGGAGUAUAGCAGAUUGAGCAUGACCAACACAGUAUUGUCGAAGAGAAAGUUAACGUGGUUCGUCGAACAAGGCCUUGUAGAUGGAUGGGACGACCCGCGCAUGCCGACGGUGCGCGGGGUGCUGCGGCGCGGCAUGACAGUGGAGGCGCUGCGGCAGUUCAUCCGCGCGCAGGGCUCCAGCCGCUCCGUCGUCUUCAUGGAGUGGGACAAGAUCUGGGCCAUCAACAAGAAGGUCAUCGACCCGAUCGCGCCCCGCUACACAACCAUAGAGACCACCCCUGUACCAGUGAACCUCAAGGGAGUCAACGAGUCGACACUAACUGUACCUCUGCAUCCGAAGAACGAGAAUAUUGGUACCAAGGAGGUGUGGGUGGCGCCUCGGCUAUUAAUUGACCAAUCAGACGCCAAGCUGCUGAAGGAGGGAGAGAAUACCACGUUUAUUUACUACGGGAACGUCAUGAUUGAUAAGAUUCAUAAAUCGGCUGACGGCACAAUAACCAGUAUAGACGGAACCCCCAACCUCGAUAACAAAGACUUCAAGAAGACGGUCAAGGUGACCUGGCUGGCCGACACCGCCAAGUCGCCGGCAGUCGAGACUUACUGUGUGUACUUCGACCAUAUCAUAUCGAAGCCGCUGUUGGGCAAAGAUGAAGACUUCAAGCAGUACAUUGGGCAUCAGACUAGGUGGGAGAUCCCGAUGCUAGGCGAGCCGGCCCUCGCCUCCGUCAAACAAGGCGACAUCAUCCAGAUACAACGCCGAGGGUUCUUCAGAGUGGACGCGGCGCCCUCCCCCCCCUCCCCGCAGAGCGGCCGCCCCGCCCCGCUCGUGCUGUUCCACGUGCCCGAUGGACACGCCAAGGAACUGCCGGGACAGCCAAAACCCGCCGCCGCAGCAACCCCUGCGGCUAAACCAGCAUCCAGCGCUGACCCCGCAGCCUCCGCCGCUGCAUCUAGCGCUGCAGAGCUGCACGCUCGCGUGGCCAAGCAGGGUGAGGCGGUGCGCGCGCUGAAGGCUGCCAAAGCUGAGAAAGCAGCGGUGGACGCCGCUGUCAAGUCACUGCUGGAGUUGAAAGCUCAGUACAAGGCUGCUACGGGACAGGACUGGAAGCCGGACGCCCCACCAGCCGCCCCCGCCGCCCCCGCCGUGACCGGUGCCACCGACGCCGUGGGCGCGGUGCUGGCCAGGAUCGCCGCGCAGGGUGACACAGUGAGACAGGCCAAGGCGCAGAAGAAGGACAAGGCUAGUGUGGAUGCUGAGGUAAAAGUCCUCCUCAGUCUCAAAGCGGAAUACAAAACGCUCACCGGGAAAGACUGGACCCCCAACGCCGCCGCCCCCGCCCCCGCUGCCGCCCCCGCCCCCGCCCCCGCGGCUACAGCUGGCUUCAGUGCAGCUGCGUUGGACCUGAACAAGAAGAUCACAGAGCAAGGGAACAAAGUGAGGACCUUGAAGGAACAGAAGGCGGAUAAGGCUGCUGUGCAGGCCGAGGUCCAAUCUCUGUUGGCGUUGAAGGCAGAGUUCAAAAAGGAAGCGGGGAAAGACUGGGCACCGAACCUUAUUCAGGAGCAACCAUCAGCCACUCCAGCGCCAGCCAUGGACGGAGGCAAGGAGCCGGCGCUGGCGGCCGAGGUGGCCAAACAAGGCGACUUGGUGCGCGACUUGAAGACUAAGAAGGCUGAUAAGGCGACCAUAGAUGCGGCGGUAAAGACGCUUCUAGAACUGAAAGCCAAGUACCAGGCGGAGACCGGCAAGGCGUACGCGCCGCCGUCGCAGCCGCGCGACUCUAAGCCUAAAGAGCAAGCCAAGCCGAAGGAAGCUAAGCCCAAGGAAGCCAAGCCGAAGGAAGCCAAACCGAAGGAAAAGAAAGCUAAGGAGGCUUCACCGAAGCCGGCAUCAGACGAGGGUGCCUCGGCCACGGGACUCAAGAAGGUGACGCGGCUCGGCCUCGAGGCCAAGAAGGACUCCGACCUGCCCGAGUGGUACUCGCAGGUCAUCACCAAGUCGGAAAUGAUCGAGUACUACGACAUAUCCGGGUGCUACAUCCUGCGGCCCUGGUCCUUUGCGAUCUGGGAGCUGAUCCGAGAGUUCCUCAGCCAGAAGAUCAAGGCUCUGGGGGUGAAAGAUUGCUCCUUCCCCAUGUUUGUGUCUAAGUCAGCACUCGAGCGCGAGAAGACCCACAUAGCGGACUUCGCCCCCGAAGUGGCGUGGGUCACGCACUCGGGCUCGUCAGAGCUAGGCGAGCACAUCGCGGUGCGGCCCACGUCCGAGACCGUGAUGUACCCCGCGUACGCCAAGUGGGUGCAGAGCCACCGCGACCUGCCGCUCAAGCUCAACCAGUGGAACAGUGUUGUGAGAUGGGAGUUCAAGCAGCCGCAACCCUUCCUGCGCACGCGUGAGUUCCUGUGGCAGGAGGGGCACACCGCCUACAUGCAUCAGCAAGAGGCUAUUGAUGAGGUGCACACCAUACUGGAUUACUACGCGCAAGUGUACGAGCACCUCCUAGCUAUACCGGUCAUCAAGGGGCGCAAGACGGAGAAGGAGCAGUUCGCGGGCGGCGACUUCACCACCACCGUGGAGGGGUACAUCCCCGCCAGCGGACGCGCCAUACAGGGCGCGACCAGCCACCACCUCGGCCAGAACUUCUCGAAGAUGUUCGAGAUCAUCUACGACGACCCCGACACGCAGGAGAAGAAGUACGUCUUCCAGAACUCGUGGGGCAUCACCACCAGGACCAUCGGAGUGAUGGUGCUAGUGCACGGCGACGACCGCGGGCUGGUGCUGCCGCCGCGCGUGGCCGCCGCGCAGGCCGUGGUCGUGCCGUGCGGCGUCACCGCGUCCAGCACGCCACAGGAGCGGAAGACCCUGCUGGACGCGUGCAAACAGCUCGUGGAUGAGUUAGUCGCCGCCGGCAUUCGCGCUGAGGGCGACUACCGAGACAACUACUCGCCCGGCUGGAAGUUCAACCACUGGGAACUCAAGGGAGUCCCAGUGCGCGUAGAACUCGGUCCCAAGGACUUAGCAGCGGGCACCAUCCUGGCGGUGCGGCGGCUCACGGGGGAGAAGCUCACGCUGCAGAGAGCCUCCGCGCCCGCCGCCGUCGCCGCGCUGCUAGAGCGGACCCACGACGAGAUGCUGGCCAGAGCGACAGCCGAGCGUGACGCGCGCCUGUCCCUAGUGACCCAGUGGGAACAGUUCACGGAAGCGCUGGAGCGCAAGCACAUGCUGCUCGCUCCCUUCUGCGGAGAGAUACCCUGCGAGGACAACAUCAAGAAUGACAGCGCCAGGACUGAAGAUGAUCAGACGACGGAUGUGAGAGCCCCAUCUAUGGGUGCCAAGUCCCUCUGUAUCCCAUUCAAGCAACCGCGGGACCUGACUGCUGCUGACAAGUGCAUCCACCCCGCCUGCGCCAAUAAACCCAAGUUCUUUACUUUGUUUGGAAGAAGCUAUUAGGAAUUGUGCCAGUGUCGUUCACAAGUUACUGUAUACAUGACAAUAAUUUAUGAGAUUGCAUUUUUUAGUAAGAAUAUCAGUAUCACAUCAUUUAGAAAGAUGGUCAUUGCUUCUGUGUUAUUUAACUAUCUUUUCUAUGAAUUUUGUAACUUUAAUAUCAUAUUUAUAAUAUGUUGUACGAACAAAACUCCAGCAUUUUACAAAUAAUAGUAAGAGUAACUUAAUAACUGCAUAAAAUGCUAUAUUAAAUACAUUUAAUAAAUAUAUUGUUUUAAA